AUGUCUAAAAAUAGAAGUUCUAAACCGGAUGAACAGUGUUCUCGUCAGUCUUUCCCUUGUAAUCAUAGUGAACUGUGCGUGGAACAGCGAUUUAACUGUGACGGUAAGCCAGACUGUCCUGAUGGAUCGGAUGAGUGGAAAUGUGAAUUUCAAGAAAUAACAAAUGGCUGUCGUUGUCAUGGUAACCAUCUUUUCUGUGAACAUCAGAAUUUGCGUUCAGUGCCCAAGCCGCUUCCAUCUAUCGUAACACUUUUAAAUCUUGCCCAUAAUAGGAUCCGCAAAUUAAAAGACACACCUUUUGGAAACAUGCUAUUCCUCCUUCAUCUCGAUCUAGCUUAUAACAGCCUGGAAGUGAUUGGAGAAGAUGCUUUCACGGAGUUAUCUCAGCUAGAAUCAUUCUAUUUUGAUGAAUUCUACAUGUGCCAAUUUGCUGUAAAAGUUCGAGUAUGUGAACCACGUGGCGAUGGGAUUAGUAGUGUGGCUAAUCUCCUGGACAAUGUCGUUCUUCGGGUGUCUGUUUGGAUCGUGGCUGUUUUAGCUUGUUGUGGAAACGUUUUUGUUUUGAUGAGCCGCUUGCUGUUACGAGAACAGAACGCAGUACAUUCCUUCUACAUCAUGAAUUUAUCUGUAGCCGAUCUUUUAAUGGGUAUAUACUUGUUCAUCAUUGCCGGAUAUGAUGUUUCCUAUCGUGGUCAUUAUAUCCGGCACGAGAAGCAAUGGCGUCAUAGCUGGAAGUGCAACCUGUGUGGAUUACUCAGUACACUUAGCAGUGAAGCAUCAGUCCUAAUUUUAACUGUUAUCACCAUCGACAGAUACAUUUCUGUUUUACACCCUAUAUCAGUAGUUGAGAAGCGUCGAACUAUAAAAUCAGCCUUUGCUUGCAUGGCUACUGUCUGGUCGGUGGCUGUGCUGAUGUCGGCUUUGCCUUUGUCCAAUAUCGCUUACUACGGCCUGGAAUUUUACGGAAACAACGGGGUAUGCUUGCCUCUACAUAUUCACAACCCCUUCUUCCAGGCAUGGGAGUACUCUACUUUUCUUUUCUGCGGACUCAACACGGUGGCCUUCGUCUUCAUCCUGUACGCUUACAUCUCCAUGUUCUUCACCAUCUCCGCAUCCAAGAUUGGAUUACGUUCCACUCAACAGCAACAAGACAGAACAAUAGCCAAGCGAUUUGCUUUCAUCGUGGGCACAGAUUUUCUCUGCUGGAUUCCCGUUGUGCUUAUUAAACUUAUUGCUCUUGGAGGGAUAGAAGUAGACAAAACCUUAUACGCCUGGAUAGCUGUGUUCCUUCUGCCUGUGAAUUCUGCUCUCAACCCUAUACUGUAUACAUUGACGACAACAGUUUUCAAGCAACAGCUAUCGAGAAUUCUCAUCAGUUGUCGCUCGUCUCGACCGUUGGGUAAGAACGUGGAUAGUUCAGGAAUGACCUCCUCAACUACUGCUCAUCGACGAAAUCCUAAACGUGCUGUGUUAGUCGUCUACUCGGAGGUUGACCACAACAAAUCUUUAAUCAUAUCAGCCAAUCGACACAGCUGUACACAGAAACAUCGUACUUCCAAGUGUUCCAAGGCCAGAAAAGAAAACUCUCAGGAUGUACAAGCGGUCUAG